CCAUGGCGCUGCUGAAGCUGCAGUUCCCCCUGCAGAGGCGUGUGCGUCUGGCCCAGGGUCUGUGGCUGCUGUCCUGGCUGGCCGUGCUGGCUGGGGCCUUCACCUUCUCCCUGGGAGUGUACCUCAAGACCGAGCUGCUCCGCAGGGCAGAGGUACCGACUGACACUAUAACACACACACAGCACACACACCUGUUCACACAUGGCAAAUGACACACACACACACACCUGAUGUCUUUCACACGGCACACACACACACACCUGUCAUGUUCAGACAGGACACACACACACACCUGUCAUGUUCAGACAGGACACACACACACACCUGUCAUGUUCAGACAGGACACACACACAACUAUCCGCCUGUCUGUGUCACUACUGUUCCUGUCGUCUAUCCUGGCUGGUUCCAUUAAACACUUUGUUGUGUUUUCUGUGUGUCUCUCAGUGUGGCGUCUGUCUCACACCUUCACCUAUCAAAGCUUUAUUCACACUGCAGAGCAAAACAUUGGGCUGUCAUGAUGCAGUUGACUUGAAUCUGGACAAGCUUUGUGUGUGGCUGUGUGUAUGUGGGGGGUAGAGGGGUUUAUUGAUGUGUAGCUGUGUAUGUGGGGGGUAGAGGGGUUUAUUGAUGUGUAGCUGUGUAUGUGGGGGGUGGAGGGUUUAUUGGUGUGUGUAUGUGGGGGGUAGAGGGGUUUAUUGGUGUGUAGCUGUGUAUGUGGGGGGUGGAGGGGUUUAUUGGUGUGUGUAUGUGGGGGUAAGGGGUUUAUUGGUGUGUAGCUGUGUAUGUGGGGGUAGAGGGGUUUAUUGGUGUGUGUAUGUGGGGGGUAGAGGGGUUUAUUGGGUGUAGCGUGUAUGUGGGGGUAGGGGGUUUAUUGGUGUGUGUAUGUGGGGGUAGAGGGUUUCAUUGGUGUGUGUUGUGGGGGGGUAGAGGGUUUUUGGUGUGUAGCUGUGUAUGUGGAGGGUAGAGGGGUUUAUUGGUGUGUGUAUGUGGGGGGGUAGAGGGGUUUAUUGGUGUGUGUAUGUGGGGGGUAGAGGGGUUUAUUGGUGUGUGUAUGUGGGGGGUAGAGGGGUUUAUUGGUGUGUAGCUGUGUAUGUGGCUGUGUUCAUGACUCAUGCUAUGUAUGGAUUGUAUGUAUGGAGGGAGGCGGAGGGAGGGGGGUCAGUCAAAGAUUCACACUUGUGACAUAUUGGAGGCCGUAACCUAUCACCCAGAUAUGUAGGGUGCGCUGGUAUAUCUCCAAUGAACCAUUGAUUAAGGGUGGCAAAAAUCUGGGGCCUUUCAAAAAAGUAAACAUUGUUUUCCAGUGCAUCUGCUGGUGACAAAUACCUAGCUUCAACACUCAAUGAUUUUCUAUACGCAAAGAACAUAUUCUCUGGUGCUUAGCGCUAUAAUGUAACAUACAUAGAUCAUUUCGAUGUAGUUUAUUACUGUGUUAUAACUAGUAUAUUGCCUUUGUUAUUACUUUGUUAUAACUGGUAUAGUAAUGUGAACCUAGAUUUGACCUUUGACCCUCCAGGUGAUGGACAACACAGAGAUCCACGUGGUGCCCAACAUUUUGAUGCUGGUGGGCUUGGUAACCAUCGGGAUCAACCUGUUUGCUGGGGCGGGUGUGUCAGACUCCCUGGACUCUUCCCGGUUCCCCCCCCUGGAAGCCCUUCCCUGCUGCCCUGGUAAUGGCCUGGCCGUUGGAUGGUGUGUGGUCUGGCUGCUGUCUGCUGUUGGUGCUCAGCGUACGCCCUGCAGGAAAACCCUCGAGAGUCCCUCAAGGUAAGGGCCACUGGGAUGGCAAUGAAGAAGGGAGACGGAGACGGUGAAUGCAACGGAAUAACAUAAUGACAACACUCGGACCCUAUCUCAAUUAGUCUUUCUGUGAUUCCUUGCAUCCUAUCUCCUCGCAUGCAUCACAUCCAUAUUGGAGAAGGUCAAGGCCCCCCCCCCUUUCUUCUCCAUUGUGUUUUGAGAAGAAGGCAACAUGGACUGAGGAAUCCAGGAAAAUUCAUAGAACAGCUGGCCCCAGAGUGUCCUCUGUAGGCUGGUAGAGCACGGCUUUACGCCAGGUAUAGAUUACCAAAAAUUGCAGAUACAAGUCGCUUUGGAAAAGCUCCUAUGGCAUUAUUAUUAUUAUUAUUAUGAGUACUUCCUGGUCUCUUUUAUGACAUCAUCUCUGUCCAAUCCCAGGUGGGCCUGAAGAACGGUAUCCGGUUCUACCGGGACACGGAUGUCCCGGGCCGCUGCUUCCAGAAGGAGACCAUCGACACGCUGCAAAUGGAACUGCGUUGCUGCGGCAACACCAACUACAGGGACUGGUUCGAGGUGCAGUGGAUCAGCAACAGAUACCUGGACUUCACCUCUAAAGAAGUCAAGGAGUGAGAGAGGGGGGGAUGGAGGGGGGAGAAGGGGGGACAGAGGGGGAAGAGGGGAGGGAGAGAGAGAGAGAGGGGGUGGAGAGGAGAAGUGAAGUUAAGCCCACAAGCCACCGUUCUCUGACUUGUCUGAGGUGAUGAUGACUCGCAUGGGAUUUCCAUACAUCAUGUCUCAUCCAUCAUUAAAGCCAUUGUCACUUAUGUAAGGUAACAUUUUACAAUGGAAACACUCAAUCAAACCGUUAACCUAUCUUCUCUCCAGUCGUGUGCGUAGCAACGUGGACGGUCGUUACCUGAUGGAUGGAGUCCCCUUCAGCUGCUGUAACCCUGGCUCCCCUCGGCCCUGCCUCCAGAACCACCUGACUGACAACACUGCCCACUACAACUAUGAGCACCAGAGUGAGGAGCUGAACCUGUACAACCGCGGCUGCAGAGAGGCGCUGGUCGACUACUACAUGGGCCUCAUGAACACCAUUGGCCCCGGGAUACUGUCGGUCAUCUCCCUGCAGGUAUACAUAUGCACAAACACAGACAAAAUAUGAACAUUGACCCUUGCCCUGUAAUGUGGUGACAGUAGUUUUCAGUGGUGAUUUUUUUUACCAUCAACCUCUGCCCCUGUGAUAAGGUGGCUGUAGAUAUAGAUGUUGUAACCAUGGCUUUGAGUUUAACCUUGACCCCUGUGACAUCAUCUCCACAGAUGUCAGUGUUGGUGAGCCUGCGGUACCUGCAGACGUCUCUGGACGGUGUGGACCCGGAGAACCCCGAAGCUGACAGCGAGGGCUACAUUCUGGCGAAGGGGGUCAAAGAGACCCUGAUGGAUGUCAAGACUACUGUGUUCAAACUGCUGCAGUUCGGACAGGUAGUGUACUACAUACCCAUAAUGCUCUGUGAAACAUAUCAGGGGUGUGUUCAGGGACGUGGAACACUCUAAACGUUGCAGAUAGAAAGAUAAUAAAUAGAGCUGACAAAAUGUUCCCUUGUGGAUCUGACAGACCAAUCACACAGUUGGAGGAUCUUAAUUUGAGCCAGUUUGCUACAGCAGUAAAAUAAUCCUGCAGCAACAGAAAAUGUCAAUUAUUAUGGGGAUUAUAAUUAAAGGACAUUUGUGUAGUGGUUGAUACAUUUUUCGUUAGGACAAAUCAAGUCUGAAAUGUCUAAGUGGAAAUUACAAACUUUGGAAGCCUUUUUAAAAACUCAAAUACACUACAUUUGCAUUUCCUACCGUGCAGGAAAAUUCUCAGCAACAAAAGAGUGGACAUCUGUAUAUGUUCUACACAAAACAUUUAUAUCUUAACAUUCUGUAACAAUACAUCCUCCUGAUCAGACCUGUACUACAGUACCCACAAUGCUUUGUGUAACGCAUUUGGUUGUAUCUCACUAAAGAUGUUCCAAGAAGAUAACCUAAUGGUGUUCCAUCUCUUUAUCAAUACAGGUGGACGCAGGUGAUGAGGCAGAAGCAGGGGCAGACGGCGAGAAGGCAGCCACGUCCAGCUAGAUGGAAAUAUAAUAUAUAACCAUAUAUGGGUUUGAGACAGGGAGAGAGGCUUCUUAGUUCUGUGACCUCAUGGUGGUCUAGCCUGUGACCAGGCUAAUGGUGGGCUAGCUAGAGCUCUGUGUUGGCUUUGACACAGGCACUAAUCUUUUUGGCUUGAUUUAUACUGCAACAACGCAUGAGCACAAAAAUACAUAGGGAAUCUUAUCUAAUCAUGCUCUGCACAGACAAACAGACAAGACAAGACAAGAUCUAACAUUGCAGAGGGUGUUUAACCU